AUGAUUCUAGAAGCAUACGUUGCUAAGUCACGACCACAAGAAAAAAUUGAAGAUAAGAUCGAGAAUGCAUCUGAGAAGGCAUACGGGAUCGUGAAAUGUUCUCCAAACCCACCCAGCAACAAAAGUUGUCCUCCAAAGCUUCCCAACAACAACAACAACAACAACAAUUGUCCUCCAAACCAAACCAAUCCCAGCUGUACCCCAGCUUCGCAACCUGGGAUCAACAUCAUGGGUGGUGGAAAGAUGGGCGACAGUUCCUACAACGUGAUUGGGCCCGGGGGCAACAGUGGGACCAUCAACUUUGGCGGUGGCAACCGUCCUCUGUCGUCUUCGUCUACGUUUGCUUCAUCUUCGUCUGCUCCUCAGCUCAUCUUCGUCUUCAUCUUCGUCUCAGCUCCUCAGCUCGUCGAUCUUCUCCAGCCGUUCGUCGCUCGUCUUCAUCGCCCUCGUCGUUCUCGUCACUCUGUCAUCUUCGUUACUCUGGUAUCUCACACCCUUGGUUUAUAUAAAUAUAUAUAUAUAUAUAUUUUCCAAAAAUUCCCUCAACCAUUUUGUUACAGGAAGGACUUUGAACAUUAUGCCUUUACCUGCUUCCAAGCUUUUGGAGACAGAGUGAAGUACUGGAUCACUUUCAAUGAGCCUCGGGGUGUCUCAAUAGAUGGGUACAACUGGGGAAUUCAAGCUCCUGGGAGAUGUUCACUUCUCGCCCAUGUUUAUUGUAAGAAAGGAAAAUCAUCCACUGAACCAUACAUUGUAGCUCACAACAUCCUCUUGGCUCAUGCUGCUGCUUAUCAGACUUACCAGCGCCAUUUCAAGGAUAGUCAAGGAGGACUGAUUGGGAUAGCCCUGGAUGCAAAAUGGUAUGAGCCAAUGUCUGAUUGUGAUGAGGACAAAGAUGCUGCAAGUAGAGCAAUAGAUUUUGGUCUCGGAUGGUUCCUUGAUCCGCUUCUGCUUGGCGAAUAUCCUCUUUCAAUGCAGAAGAACGUCGGUGAGAGACUACCUAAGAUCACUCACAAGUUGUCAAGAUCGUUGGUUGGGUCUUUGGACUACAUAGGCAUAAACCAUUACACCACACUGUAUGCUCGGAACGACAGAACUCGGAUUCGGAAAUUCGUAAUGCAGGAUGCUUCCGCAGAUGCUGCUGUGAUCACUGCCUCUUCCAGGCACGGAGUUCCCAUUGGAGACAAAGCUGCUUCUUCCUGGUUACACAUAGUCCCAUGGGGCAUCCGGAAAUUAAUGAGAUAUGUGAAGCAUAAAUAUGGAAAUCUACCAGUGAUAAUCACUGAAAAUGGUGUGGAUGAUCCAAAUAAGUUUUACAUACCUUUAGACAAGGCUUUAAAAGAUGACAAGAGGAUAAGAUUUCACAGGGACUACCUCUCAAACCUCUCUGCUGCUAUUAGGUACUGGUAAAAUCCCAAGCUGGUUCUUCACUAUACUUUGUCACAAAUACAUUUUGGGGAAUUAGAAAUCAGUGGAAAGAAGUUAAAAGCAACACUCCAUUUGUUUCUGUGAAAACCAUUUAAAAAAAAAAAACAUUUA